AUGAAUAUAAAUAAUAACAUAACUUUUAAUGAAAAUAAUGAAUCAAUUUUUUUUAAAGUUUUCAAAAAUAAAUUUUUAUUUACUUAUAUUUUCGAAAUGUUUAAAUCAAUUCCGUUAGAUUAUGAAAAUUUAAAAAUUUAUAAAACUCGUUACAGAAUCAAAUGGAGAGACAUCACAUCAAUCGAUUGGAUGGUAGAAAAGAACCAAUGGCAAUUAUUAAAGUUAAAGUUAGGUUGUGAAGAAAUUGAAAAUUUAAAGAAACCAAAUUCAGAACUUUCAAUAGAUAAAAUAUUAGAAACACUAAAAGGAAACGAGACAUACGAUCAACCCAUUUUAACGUUAUUUUUUAGAAAUUCAUUUUUUUUAAAUUUUAAUAUUGUUAAUAUAAUUCAAAAGUGCUGUCAAUAUGGCAACUUAUUAGCAUUAUCAAUUAUAUUGAGGGAGUGUCAUCAGCAACAUCUAUUCAGUCUAGAUCUAAAGAAUCUAAUAUUUGAAGCAGUCCAUUUAUACAAUGGCCAAAUACUAGACCACUUGACAAAAUAUAUAAUUAAUAACAAUAACAGUAAUAAUAACAAUAACUCUAUUGAAAUUUUUACUAAAGAAGAAAAAUUAAUAAUUUUUAAAAAGGCCUCAGAAAAUAAUGAUAGUAUACCUAUAAUAGAGUAUCUAUUUAACAAUAGAGAUAUAUUUCAAUUACAUGAUUACUUUCUCUAUCAAAAAAUACCAUUUUCAUUUAUAACCAAAACUAAUAAUAGCUCACUUUUAUUAAAAUUAUUAAAUAAUGACCUAAUAGAAAGAAAACCAAUAGAGAAAUAUUACAACUUUCAUUUAUUAAAUAAUAUUGAUAGCAUAACAAUAGAAAAUAUUAUAACUUCAAUUUAUAUCACUUUUAAAUUACUAAAUCAACAUUCAAGAUAUAACCAACUACCAAAACAUAUCCUCGAAAAAAUUAAUAAUAUUACAACAACAAAUGAAAUCACAACCAAUCAAGACAACUCGAAAAUAAAACAACUUUUAGAAAUAUUGGUAAAUGAAAUAUUCUAUACCAAAAAUUGUGAAUUUUUACCAUCAGUUUUAUCGAUUUAUUCUCCAGAUUUUACCAAUGUACAAUGGAAAUAUUUUGACCGUUUACCAUUUGAAAAAUGGGUGUUUGAAAAUUUGAAUAUUAAUGGUUUAGCAUUAUUAAUCAAAAAUGACUUUUUAGUGCAAUCUAAAAGAAAGGAUAUAAUAGAGGAAGUGUAUUCAAAUAAAGAAAAUAUUGUAGGCUUUACAAGAUUAUUAAUUUCAAAUCAUAAAAAAAACGAAAACUCAAUAACAUACGAAUUCUUUUUAUUUAUUUUGAAUAUUUGCAACAACGAACAACUCAGAGAAAUAUUACAAGAUAACGAAUUUAAAGAAUUUUAUUCAAAGCAUAAAGGAAACCGUAAACAAAUUCUAACCAUCAACUCUGUAGAACAAUUAGAUUUAAUUUUGCAAUUUAAUUUUGAAAACUAUGAUAGUUUGGAUACCCAGUCAUUGGAUGUGAUCCAAAGUUUGGCUUUAAGAAUCGACCGAGAAAUCUUCAACCCAUCUGUGCUUAUUUUGAAACUAUUGUUUCAUAAUAAAAAAAACCAACCAAACAAAUCAUUUUAUGAGGGUAUUUCGAACAUGGACUCACAAAUAGACUACAGUACUACAGAUUUCUCAAGAUUAGGUUUGCAUUUACUAGUCCCUCUUUUCAAUUACCUUAACCAAAUGUCUAAACCAACAAUUUUCCAUAUUACAUUAAUCUGUGGUAUCGAUUUAAUUAUUCAAGAAUACUCUUUUAAAGAAUUUGAAAAACACAUUAAAUUAACAAAUGCUAUGUCACUGUUCUCAAGUUCAUAUCAUUCUUUGGAGAAAUUAUUUUAUAAAUCAGUAUUUCAAAAUAAAUUUAAUAAUGUUAAACUAUUAAUCGAACACUGCCAACUCCCAAUACAUGACAAAUUUUUAAAAGGAUGUGGUAUCCAUCCACAUAGACUAUUCAAACUGGCUGAGGAGAAUACCCUAAAGUCAAGAUAUCACUUUAAAGAUAUUUAUCAAAUACUAGAAUAUCUCUUACAGAGGAUACCAAUCGAAAAUAAUAAAGUAUUUUUAGAAUAUCUUUAUAUAUUCACUCUGCAAUCAAAGGGCAUUACCAUUCAAGAUGUUGUAAAAAUAGAAAAAAUGUACAGAGAUUUAUUUAUAGUUCUUAAUUAUGAAAGCCUUCAUACAUUUUAUUAUUUAUUAAUCAAAUCCCCAAUAAUAGCAUUUUCAAUCGUUAGUAAACAUUACCUCUGUUCAAAUAAAUACAGAAAUAUAAUUGACAUCUUAUUCAUAAAAGACUCUAUUCCAAAAAUAUCUCUUUAUAAUAUCAGAAAAAAAUCCACCCCUCAAUUAAUGGAGCUAUUAAAUUUAGAAUUAAAAUAA